AUAUGCAGGUAAUAGCCUCUUCCUUACUGUUGCUCUCCAUCAUCGCUGUGUCACACGCACGGCUUCAACGUAAUUCAAAAAGAGAAACCAAAGAUGAACGAAAAAAAGUGAAUACGCUUUUUGAGGAUUUAGAAGAAGCUGAGAAUCCUAUCAAAUUACACAGUAUCUGCGAGGUUAACUAUGAGAAAGUCGGAUGCUUCAAAGAAGACACCAACAACAGAACACUUUCACAGGAACUUUUCCAAGACAGGAUGUCAAGUGAUCCAAAUUACAGUGGACAAAGGGUGGACUGGGCCAACUACAAUACAUACCUCAAGAGUCUGGCAUGCCGCUGCGCCAAAAGCAGUGCCCAGAAUGGUUUUACUUACUUUGGUCUUCAAGACUACGGACGAUGCUUUAGUGAUCCACAUGCCUCUACAAGUUACAGCAGGCAUGGAAACUCGAGCCAUUGCUUUAAUCAAUACUUCUACUCGUGUGAUGACAAUGCUUACGGGCAGUGCAUGGGAAGAGGCAAAGAAAUGAAUUACAUAUACCACAUCACCGUGGAUGGUAUGCAAGACGCUUAAGUGUGCUAUAAGUGUUAUGUCUAAGGUUUUCAAGUACGGUUUCACCCAG